AUGCAUGGGAUAUCUUCCAGCUCGAAGAGGGAAGGAGCCAUACGCUUCACACCGCUUCCACCGCCACGGGCACGGUCAUUGCUUGCAGUGGUCACUACAAUAUUCGCAAUCGUAUAUCUCGCCUACGUGUGCAGCGUUUCCAUUGGAAGGAGGAUAACUGCCUUGCCUUUGAGCCGCAGUCUGGCACAGAGCUCGGGUGGUGAAGACUGUGGCGAGUCAGAUGGCUCACACAGCACAGGCUCACCUGCAGAGACCUCCCCAGAAGGCCAGUUUGCUACGGUCAAAGAGCUGGAUUACGCUGCUGGAGGUAUGGAGGCACAGUCAGGAAAUACGGAGCCUAAUCCUUCCUCCGACGCAGCCACCGCUGCGCCUGGCAAAGCGAUUUCGGGAACAGCGGCUCCGCAGCUGGAGACACAGGGGAGGCGAACAGGUGUUAAGAGGAAGGGAGAAGAACAAUCAACCGUCGAGAGGGGAGCUAAAAAGCUUAUACGUGAGACGCCGAUUGUGGAGGCUCCCUUGCAGCCUGGGUCUCCCCCUCUCGAUCCUAGACUCGACUCACUCAUUGACUCCGUGUUGUCUGGAGGCAGCACUGUGUUCUCAGAGGCGUUUUGGCUCCUGAAUGAGGCGGAACAGGAAUCCGUAGAGGAUGGUUAUAUUGAGUCGAGGCCUGGGGCAUUGGGAACUGACUCUCGGACGCCUGUUGUGGAGACCCCGCAGCGGCCUCCGCCAACCCCUCUGGACCCUGGUCUCGACUCACUUAUUGAUUCCGUGCUCUAUGAAAGUGCAGAUAUCUUGUCGGGGGACGCUUGGCUUCUUGAUGAUGAGCCACCACACCCCACACCGGAUUAUUCCAUUCUUUCGAUUCCGCCGGCAUUGGGUGGUGACUCUGGCCGGACGUCCACCGGCCAACCCACUGACAAACUAGUGCAUGCUCCGCCUUCAAGGCCCUGUGCAUUGCGAGCUGAUGGGAAAGAGCCGAAGGCAGAAGGUGGCAGUGAGGGGCCGUCCCCCCUUGGCACUUCAGGCCGCCAAAUGCAGCGAGGACCGCCUGCAGUCGUUGAGCCGCAGCACAGGGGGCUUUCCCCGCGUGCAGCAGGUGUGACAAAGGAGUCUCCUCAGCCACCCGUAGCAGAAGCUCUUGCUCCUGCCGAAGAAGGAACGGCCAGCACAUCCACAGCGCCAGUUGAGGAUUCUUUGGCGUCUUCGUCCAGGGCUUCUUCUGCCUCGCAGCACCUGCCUUUCGGAGUCACGCCGUCUCAGGAAAGUGGAUCAGCUGAGCAGGUAGGGCUUGCCGUAUGUUAUGGCAGCGCAAAGUAG